GCCGCACCAGUGCCUUUGAACGGCGGCGGGAGCGCGGACGCGAUGGCGAGCCCGAGCCUGCGGCUGUGCGUGGUCGUCCUGCUCCUGUGCGGGCUCGCGAGCCUCGGCUCGUUCCGACCCCACCAGCGCGCCACCCAGAAGCCCAUCAUCGGAGUAUUAAUGCAAAGAUGCCUUAGUAAGCAAAUGAAAACCCUUGGAAAAUACUACAUUGCUGCAUCCUAUGUGAAGUAUCUAGAGUCUGCAGGGGCAAGAGUUGUGCCAAUAAGGCCUGAUCUUACACACAUAGAGUAUGGAGAACUUUUUAAAUCCAUCAAUGGAAUCCUUUUCCCUGGAGGAAGUGCUAGCUUAGUGCAUUCAGAUUAUGCCCAUGUGGCGAAGAUAUUUUACACUUUGGCUAUACAGAGUUUUGAUGAUGGAGACUAUUUUCCUGUGUGGGGCACAUGCCUGGGAUUUGAAGAGCUUACAUAUCUCGUUAGUGGGGAGUUUUUACUGACUCUCACUAACACUUCCUCAAAGAAAUUGCCUUUGAACUUCACUGGAGGUUCAUUACAGAGUAGAAUGUUCAAGAACUUUCCUGCUGAUUUAUUGCUGUCAUUAGCAGUAGAACCUCUGACUGCAAAUUUCCACAAAUGGAGCCUCUCUGUGCAGAACUUCACAAUGAAUGAGAAGUUAAAGAAGUUUUUUAAUGUACUAACUACAAAUACAGAUGGCAACAUUGAUUUCAUUUCAUCAAUGGAAGGAUAUAAGUAUCCAGUCUAUGCUGUCCAGUGGCAUCCAGAGAAGGCUCCGUAUGAGUGGAAGAAACUAGGUGGUAUUUCCCAUGCACCAAAUGCUGUGAAGACUGCAUUUUAUUUAGCAGAAUUUUUUGUUUCUGAAGCUCGGAGAAGCAGUCAUCACUUUCAGUCCCCACUUGAGGAGAAUGGAUCCCUGAUAUAUCAUUUCUCUCCUGUUUAUACUGGAAAUAUUUCUUCAUUUCAGCAGUGUUACAUGUUUGACUGAAAGUCUUCCACGUAUGAACACAUCAACUUUGAAUGAUUCUGUGAUCAAACUGCCAAAUCACUACUCAUGGCAAUAUGAGAAAGCCAGGGAUCCCUUUUCUAUGUGCCUGGUUUUGAUUUUUCUCUUAGUUCAUGAUUAUUUAUAUCACAUUUGAUAAUUUAGCAGUGAGGCAGACAAGCAAUCAUGGUGUUUUUUUAUGGUGUUUUUUUCUUGUAGCUGAAGAUCAGAAAAUAAAUAAAUUUAUUGAGAAUGUG